AAAACACUCACAUCUGACAUCUUUUUCGAAGACUUCGCGCUCGGGUGACGUCAUAACCCUGCGCCCCACACGUCGAGAUGCCAGGAAACUGCACAUACACAGCCCUCCGUGCUGUACCUGAAAAAAAUCUAUUUUGUAAGAUGACUAUGGCAGAGAUGGAGAUGGAUACACCAAGGAAUGAACUGAAGGAAGAUGAAAGCACGGAGACCAGGAAGGAUCGUGAGAAAAAGAAACGUUACAGGGUGAAACAGCUGCUGGCCGACAUUGCCAAACUGGUAGACUUUUGGUUUGGUGAUGUCAACCUUCACAAAGAUCGUUUUUUGAGGGAGCAAAUUGAAAAAUCCAGAGAUGGCUAUAUCGACAUAUCGCUCUUGGCUUCUUUUAAUAAAAUGAAAAAAUUGACUACAGACCCCAAGCUUAUUGCCAGGGCCUUAAAGAAUUCUUCUGUAGUAGAGAUAAAUUUGGACAGUACAAAAAUCCGAAGGCGGCUUCCACUUGGUGAGAAACCACAAGAUGUUGAUGCACGUACUGUAUAUGCGGAGUUGCUUCCCAAAAAUGUCACACACGGUUGGAUAGAACGGGUGUUUGGUAAAUGUGGCACAGUGGUCUAUAUAAGCAUCCCUCGGUAUAAAUCCACAGGAGACACCAAAGGUUUUGCAUUUAUUGAGUUUGAGACACAAGAGCAAGCUGCCAAAGCAAUUGAGCUCUUAAACAACCCCCCUGAGGAAGCACCAAGGAAGGCAGGCAUUUUUCCUAAAACUGUGAAAAACAAACCUCUUCCAGAGCUAAACGUACAAGAGACGCAAGAUAUAGAGGAAAAGAAAAAGAAGAAGAAGAAAAGGUCGAAGAGCAAAAAGGAGAGUGAUGAAACAGCAGAGGAUGAAAGUAAUGAACAGAGUGUUAUGGAAUUAUCUGCAAAAGAAACAACAAAGUCUAAAAGGCACCGCAGUGUAUCUGAGAGCUCGGUGACUGAUACAUCAGAAUCUACCAAACAGGCCUCUAAGAAGGAAACACGGAAACGGGACAGAGCAGAGAGCUCCGACCAGUCAGAGGAAGGUAGACCUUCCAAGAGAAAACACAGCAGUUCAGAGGAGCAGGACUCUUCCAAGUACCGAAAACUGCAAGAUAAUGAUGAUGUACAGUCAAAACCAAAAGGGGCAUCUGCAGAACUGCGGGAAUAUAGAGAGAUUUCGACUGAAGAGGAAAAGGACAGGGGUGACAAGAAAGAAUCAUUAAGCAAAGUUAAGAGAAAGCGAAAGAAGAAGCAUAGGGAGCGACAUAGAGUUGGAGAAGAGGUCAUCCCUUUAAGAGUAAUAUCCAAGCAGGAAUGGUUAGAUCUCAAGGCUGAAUACUUGGAAUUGCAAAGAGCCAGUAUGUCUUUCCUUAAAAAGUCCAUAAGUGGGAAAAAUGAUGAUUCAGUCGGUGAAAUGGAAGUUGAAAAAGCCAAACAGAACUCCAGUGUGAAAGACGUGCAUACUGUGAAAAAUGAAACACUUGGACCCCAGUUUGUCAGUGGGGUUAUUGUGAAGAUCACCAGUCCAGAUCCUUUUCCUAAUCGCCAGCACGUUAAGGAUGCUUUGUCUGGAGUGUCUGAAGUGGCAUAUGUUGAUAUGUUGGAAGGAGAUACAGAGUGCCAUGUCCGUUUUAAAACCCCUGAAGAUGCCCAGGUGGUCUUUAAUUCCUGCCCAGAAAUACAGAGAAGGCACAACUGGAAAAUGCAGAUCCUGUCUGGAGAUGGUGAGCAGAGAUAUUGGCAAAAGAUCUUGGUGGACAGACAAGCAAAACUAAACAGGCCGCGUGAAAAGAUACGUGGCACUAAAAAGCUGGUUGCUAAAGGAGAAAACAUGAGGCUCAUCAAAACGCAAGAGGCAAGCAAGCACAUCCGAUUCCUUGAAGAACCAUGAGUCAUAUGUAUUUGUACAUUUUGCAUUGAUUUUACCUUUUUUUUCACCCUACACUUGUAAAUUAGACUGUUUCAUUCAGAGAUUGACAUUCUGUAUUGGAUGUUCUAAUACAGUAGUACACCUACAAGAUUCUUGUUGUCGCAACUUUAAAACUUUUGAUUAGAAAGCCCAUCAUGUCUGCAUUAGGUUUAUUUAAAUGUCACCUUUUUUUUAUUUUUUUUUAUUUUUUUUAAGGUUCUAUUCACACGUACAGUAUUUUGCGCAGAUUUGAUUAGCAGGAUUUCAAGCUGUGUUCAGUCAUUCAAUUAACAUUGAAAUCUGCAGCAGAAAAUCCUGCGCAUCAAAUCUGCACAGAAUACUGUACGUGUGGAUAGACCAUAAGGCAGAUAUUUUUUUAUUAACAUUUUCAAAUUUGUACAUGCAAACAUAGAAAAACAAUCCACUGGCAUUCAAAUGAGUCAGUUGUACACCAUAUAUCCUAUAAAAAAUAACCAAUAUUGCCCGCCAAAAUAAAAGAAGAAAGAAAGAAGAAAAAUCAUCAACCUUAAAUGUUACUUUUUUUUGUUUUUAUAAUAAAAAUAUUUUUUUUACUCCACAUUU